CGAGUGCUUUGUUUAGUUAUUUAGUAUUUUUUUUAGUUUGUUAUUGAAAAUAUUGGGCAUCUUACUACCUACUCCAUACACCAUGUCUAGAGGUAGUGCGUCAGUUUACAGUCUCCGUAAUAGAACUGAGACUACCUACAAUGAGUCAAACGAAGUUGAGGUUAUUAACUCAGGUAGUGACACGCUAACAGCUUCGUCCGAGGACAUGGGUUCACAGGAAAGGGUAGUUAAAGUGGACAGUCCGGUUACAUCGCUUACCAGAGAAUGUGAAUGUUUGGAGCGGCCGUUGGUCCCCGCUCAGAUACCUACAAGGUGUGACACCUCCAGAACUUCAGUGUUACCAGCUGCAGCUGCUGUAAUUGAACAAAUUCAGGAACCUUUUAAUGUAGCUUUGGAUAGGAUAUCAGCGGAUGCAGUAGUAACAGAACCUAUACAAACAGCUGUCUUGGGCCAUGUGUCUAUUCCAUCACCAGAAGUCUUCGAUCUGGAUCGUUUAGGCCAGAUGUUACUCAACUUGCAGGUCAACAUAAGUAGUAUACAGUCGGACAUUAGCAGCGUGCGUACAGACCUACAGUCGGACAUUAGCAGCGUGCGUACAGACCUACAGUCGGACAUUAGCAGCGUGCGUACAGACCUACAGUCGGACAUUAGCAGCGUGCGUACAGACCUACAGUCGGACAUUAGCAGCGUGCGUACAGAAUUACAGUCGGGACUGUUUAACAUAGAGACCUGUCUAAGAACCGAUCUCAAUAUAUUAGAGGGGCGAUUGGAGUCAAAGUUCAGGGAACAACACAAGACCUUGGAACAGCUGGCUGAUCGAGUUUCACAAGGACAGUCCCAGGUCGAACAGCUGGAGUCACGCACGAAGGCGCUUCUCGUCACUGCUACACAAGAACGCCAAGAGCUUAAGAGGCAGUGUUCUAAUAACCACUCUGCCAUAAGGGAAGAGACCUUGCACCUAUCCGAAAGAUUAGAUCACAUAGAAGAGACAACAUCCAUAUUAAGCAAUCGAGUCGAAGCGAUCGGCGGCGACGUUAUGCAAGUUGCGGAGAAGGCUGUUGAGGCUAAAACAUUCUCCCUGAGUCAGCGUGUUGAACAACACUACCACCAAGUAGAAGCCCAUGUACAAUCAUUGGAGCGACGAGUACAUGAACUAGGAUCAGCGCUUAUUAACAACCAUAUUCCCAGAACAGAAAUCGAAAAUAGCAGUACAUUAAAGGAGAGUAGGAGUCAGGAUACUGCGCCAGACAUGCCAGUAGUUGACAGACAGAUCCUGAACACGCCUGCCAACAUUACCAGCCUAGACCCGGCUGCACUUAUUCAUCACCCUGCUCGCCAAUGGUCGGAGUCUAUGCCAACGUUUUCUGGCAAGUCAUCCGAGAAUCCUGUAAGAUUCUUAAACAAAUUUGAAGAGUAUGUAAAAACCUUUGGCUUAUCCGAUACAGAGAAACUGAGAUGUUUGAGCACGGCUCUAAAGAGUCAUGCAUUUUACUGGUGGGAAAUACAGCUAAACACCACCCACUCGUAUGAACAUUUCAAGGAGAAGUUUCGACAACAGUAUUGGAAUCUCAGGAUCCAAGGGAACUUACGCGCACAGCUUCACACUGAACGGUACGAUCCGAAGCGCGGAGCAUCUCUGGAAGCACAUAUUUCCAGUAUGUAUGAAAGAACUAGAUACCUGGACCUGGCUAUGACAGAUGAAGAGUUCAUUGCUACCGUGUCAACACAGCUUCCUUUAAAGUACCAAAUGCAACUGAGUGGCAGAAGCUAUAAAGAUGUUACCGACUUCCGGGAACAGCUGUUGUUACUGGACAAAUUGGAAAGGCUCCACAAGUCACAAUUCAGCAAAGAAGAGUCUGAAACGAAAGUGACAUACCCAAAGCAUCAGCCGGUACAUAACUAUUGGCAGUCGCGUGAUAGUAAGCAGCGAGAAGACAGACAAGCGGUCGUCAACCUGCUAGAAUGGGAGAGUGAAGAGAAUCCACGACGCAAUCAGCAAGGCCACAGAAGAAAAGGUGGCUACCACAGCCAACGUUCCAAUUGUCCACCCAGACAUUCAGGUCCAUACAGGAGCAAGACCUGGUGGUCAAGUAACCAAAAGUACCACAGUGACAAUGAAGACAGUCAAAUGUACUGAGAUGAACCUCGACGAGGUAACAGAAUUCGGCGUUCCCUAUCACCGGAGGGGCGGCCACCCAAGAAAUCUACGUCAGGACGAUGCAAGUCUCAUUCGGACGAAGAGUACGAGGAUGCAAAGAGAUAUCGCAAGUCUUUCGACAGUCGAUACACCAACAAGACCGAAGAGGACCGACUGUCAUCACACCAAGUCAACACUGUUUCAGGGAACAGCAGCAUCGUUCAGGGCAGUAAGCAAGCAUCAUCGUCUUUUCAGAAAGCAUUCUCACCACCAGUAACUACGCAGCAGUUAGGGUACUUCGCACGCCACGAGCCAUUGAAUCCUGCGGCGGAGACAUUUCAGGUGGCCCUAGCCAACUCCACGAAUGGAGGAGUCUAGAUCGGUCUUUGACGAUCAACCCUGCAUAUUUACCCAAAUAUGACAUACCACCAACAGAAGACAAUCUACCCAGUGGAGAAGUUCGUAAACUAGUACAUGCUAUCAGAGGCUGCAGUAAGACGUCGGCGAAAACCAGCAUCCAAGCAUCGGAGCUUCUGCAUAGGAGAUCUAGUAUGGCGGAAAACCGCACCCAUAAGCAAGAGUUGGGAGUUCGUAACUAAGAAGCUAUUCCUACUCUACACAGGUCCCUAUGUCGUCACGGAAGUCGUGAACUCGAAUUGCUACACAUUAAAGGAUUUGAAGACUAAUCAAGUCAUAGGCAGAUACAACCUAACACAACUGCGAGAGUACAAAACGCCCAUCACUCAAGUAUAAUGUCGACAUGGAGUCCAGAAGCUUUCUAACGAAAGGCUAAAAUAGUCAAGCAGUCAGCUUAUAAAAUGAAAUUUUAUUUAAUUGUUAGUCUGGGGUUUAGAGACGUAUUGUUUACACAUUGUGUGUAGUGAGGUGAUAAUCCAGUUUGCAGUAUACCGAGGAGUCGCACUAAUGUGAGCUUGGCAUCGUGUAUGUCGACUGAAAUUGUAUAUCAGUCGAUCGUCCUGCGAAGAGGUGAAGAGAUAUGCCACCCUCGCCGGGAUAUAGAUACUGCAGUGUCUAUGGACAUUUAGCCGAAGAGCUAUUGCUGCAGGUGGGCAGUCAAACAUAGUGUUUGAUGUAUUAUGUCAAGGUCAUACGGUGAAACUAUUCGGAAGCAACCUGAGAGAAACCUACUGUUUUAAGGAAUUUUUAGUAAUUGGCAUUAAUUGCAUACACAAAAACCAGCUGAUUUGCUUAGUUUUAGUCAUAGUUAACAAUGGUAUUCGGCAUACUCCAUGUGUUAACUUAAAUGUUGUGACUUGAACUAAAAUGCCUAUGGUGUUACUGUAUGUAGUAGUAUGUUCAUGACAGCAUUGAGAGUUUAUAGUUAUUCAAACAAAUACAAAGCACAUGCAUAUAUAAGUAGUCAGUUAUAUUAUAUAUGAUGAAUCCCAUGUAUGUUUAGAACACAUUACUACUUUGAAAUAAUAAUAUUUUUCUCAAUUUGAUUUAAACAUAUACACCUUCUAUUAUAUCCAGGAGAUAACCGAACGUGAGUAUGGGAUACUCCAAAAGUAUCCAAAUUAGGAAAGUACACCCACCAUUGUGUACAAUUCCCUAACCAAGAUUAAUUAAUGAUAGUUAAUAUGACACAUAUUGUACAUAAGGAAAUGACUAAUCAUGACUAAAACAAAAUUGUAAAUCCUAAAAAAUUUAUCUAUUGUGUUAUUGAGAUAUUAUAAAGUUUAACACGUGUUUUAAUGUUCAAACAGUUAUUGUUAGCGAAGGUUAGCAUUACAAUUAUUACUUAAGUUAGUAUUGAAUAUUGUCGUAAUUUAUGAAAAUUUAAAUGUAAUUUGAAACUAGCUAAGUUUAGGGUUAUUUAAGUAGUUCAAUUAAACCUGCUGUGUCAGCAACAGCAAAAACAGAAGUGAGGGUAGGUGAUUAACUUACAUUUGCAAGCAUGUAAGUGGCACAUAAUUAAGCUUAGUGAAGUGAGAUUAUGCUGGGACACCUAUACUUCGAGUGCGAAAGCUAAAUGUGUAACAAUGAUAAUGUACCUAACGGGAAAAACUGGACUUGAAGCAUCCACGUCGUGUAUGAUGUGACAGUAUCACGUCACCACAUCACCAAUUACAGCAGGUCGUAGUGACGACCCCUGCCACUGCCGCGGACCACAAAACGCUGUCCGAAUGCUGGAGCGGCACCAUGGAAGCGGGAUGUCUUCCGUCUCGCAUCCAGUAUGCCUUUCUUCCUGGAUGCUGUUCGGGAACCUCUUCGUUAAGGCACCCUUCUAAUGGAGUCAUGUUGCAGUAACAGGAGUGCCGGGGUGAGAUGCAUUAACUUUCUCCCAAUCGCUCAAAAACUGUUAUAUCAAAGUCUGCAUCAGCCGCCACCAACAAGGAUUCUCCUCUGGUGAUCCGCUGUCUACUGAAUCGUUGGGGAAAUUCGCCAUCCGGACGAUGUCAAACUGCUCCCUUAAAACCAUCCUAUUGUUCUCAUUAAAUCAGUGGUCAAGUCUUGCGAGAUUUGUUAUAUAUAUAGUCAAAAACUUUGAUUAAAAACCUAUGUUGUGCAAGUUGCGAUGUUUGUAACUGUUGUGUAAAAGAAAAACUCAGACACGUGAUACAAUAUAACAGCGACUUUUUUAUAUACACAACAGGGAGCGGCAAUCUGUAACGAAACAUUGUUUCAGAUGAACUUUUUGCAUUGGUUUUGUGAAUCAAUAUAUAUUUAGUUUUCAGUGCCAUGUUUGUUUGAUAUAUUGAAGUAUGUGCUAUGGUAUUGGAAUUGUGAUAUUGUAUGUACAUUACUCUAUGCUUAGGAAGGAGUUUUAAAAAUGAAUGAAAGAAUUGAUAUCCUCGAAAAGGAAAUAAUUAAAAAGAAAUACAAAGGCCAUGUUUUUCCUUUUGAAAUGAUAAUCGUAUAAGAUUAUAUUUUAUGAGUGAAGAAAUUAACUAAAUACAAUCGAGUCUGUCGACUAAUACUGAGUACUCGUCGGAAUUUCAGAAGUCCAAAGGAACACUCAGCCUCAGACAAGGGCUCAGCCAGUCCGAGAAGCAAACAGAGAUCACGUACCAGCAAGUGCAGCUACCUUCAGAAUGCCAGCGUGCGACAGGAAGUCGCCAACCAGGAGUCUGAGGCACAUUCCUUGUUGCACUAGCAGCAAUAUGGGAUAAUUCCUUCCGAAAAUUUCUGCAUUAAUAACCACAAAAAUGUACUUGUCAUUUGGAAAAGUCAUAAAAUGGAGAUGCACAAUGAAAUGUUGUGAAUGUGGUGUUCAGAAAGGAAACUGGCUGGAGGGAACUAAAUUAUCAUAAGAGACGAUUGUGUUGUUAAUAUACUGUUGGUCAAAAGAACUGACGAAUGUAUCAUUUUGUAAUAAAGAGUUAAAAAUGUGCACUGAGGCUUUCAUUGACUACAGCAAUUAUAUGCGUGAAGUUUGCAUUGGCAAUUGCAACAGGAAGAAACUCGAACUGGAGGAAAUGGCAGCUACCUUGAAAUUGAUAAAACCUUGUAUUCCAAAAUUAAAAAUAUCGCCGGUUGAGAGUUACCUGAACAGUGGGUCUUUGGCGGAAUUUGAGAGAGACUAAUUAAUGAUUUUUAUCGUCUAUUCUGAACAGAUCUAAAAUCACUCUUUUGCUAUUAAUUUGUUAAAAUUUAUACCUGGCUCUAUAAUAUUGUAAGUGAUUGUUGGAGUGCAUACACAAACAUUUGGUGGGAUGGUGUAAUACAUUAUACAGUACUGUGAAUCAUAGUUACAACUUUGUGAAUCCGCAGAAGCUACAACCUCUCAAACAAUUGAAAGAUUGUACAUUAUAAAUUCAUAACGAUUAAAAAUCAUAGAUCAGUAUCGAACUAUCAUAAUUCAUUUGGCAUGUGUGAAGAUCGUUUUGGUCGGUGGUAAGUGUGGAGGUAACAGAUAAUUACCGACAUUAAAUUAUUUAGUGUUAAAUUACUGUGUUCGGACAUCUUAAAAACAGAUUAUCUGAUAAUCAACAUGGUUUCAGAUCUGGGAUGUCAACAACAACAAAUUUACUUACCUUUUCAAACCCUAUUUAUUCUGAAGUAACAAAUAGGGGUCAAGUUGAUGCUUGUUACUUCGAUGUUGCCAAGGCAUUUUAUACUGUGAACCACUCAUUAUUACUUCAAAAGCUUGAAAGAUUUGGUGUGUGUGACAAAUAUGUAGGCUGGCUCUCUAAUUAUCUUUAAACUAGAUGCUUUUUUGUUUCAAUAAACAGCCAUAACUCCUCUCUACAUCAAGCUCCCUCUGGUGUUCCUCAAGGAGGUAUUCUAUCUCUUUAUUGUUUAAUAUCUUCAUUGAUGACAUUACUCCACUGGUCUGUUAUUCACUGAUGACCUUCAAAUCUGUAGAAAAAUUACUACUGAUUACAGUUGUCAGCUACUCCAGCAGGUCAUUUCUGAAUUCUAUUGGUGUAAUUCUAAUUUGGUUACUCUUAAUAAAGAUAAAACACAAGCUAAAUCCUACACUAGGAAACUAUAUCCCAUUCGGUAUGAUUACAAGCUUGAGAAUUUAAUUAUAACAAACACUUCUAGGCAUUACACUUGGCUCUAAAUUAUAUUUUCAUCUACAUUUUAACUCUUUGGUUUCUAGCUCUCACAGAACCCUAGCUUUGAUCAAAUACAUUACUUACUAUGCUUCUGAUUGAGACUCUUUACUUACACUUUAUUACACAUUGGUUAGAACUAAACUUGAAAAUGGAUCUGUUAUCUGGAACAUCAUUAUCUCCUCCGAUAGUAAUAAACUCCAAUUCAUACAAUCUAAAUUACUCAAAAUUAUUAAUCAAAAGCAUCUCUCAAAACCUUCGUUACUUCACUUAGGUGAACAAAGAGCUACUACACACUCUCUUUGUCUGUAGCUGAUAUAGUUCUAAAAUAAAUUGUUAUUAUAUCCUUGAAAACUCUGGGCUCAGAAUACCACAAUGUAAUAGUUCUCAAACAUUACUUCACAGUCUAAACAAUUUCAAUUAUAUUUUAUACAGGUUAAUUAAUAACUUCAAUAAUAUAAACAAACAUGCCAAUCUUAUUGACAGAAAAUUAGGCUUUAAAAAAUUAUGCAUUUUCUUAAAUAAUAAAUUGCAAUCAGGCUUUGUUUAUUAGGAAAUAUAUAACUAUUUUUAUUUCUUGCCACAUUUUUUUUAAAGAUGGUAUCUGCUUAGCAUUAAACUUGCUGUUCCAUUACAUAAUGUUCAUUGUAAAAUUUGACAUCAACCGGGCCUGCGCCCCAGUAGCCUGGUCAGCCUCCGCCACCUUUCCCCUCACCCCCCGCCCCACUUCCCGUACUGGCAGCCGCUCCGUCUUGAGUACGUAGUCGGGUGGUUGUGUUUGAAUAGCGCGCCACGGACAUCAAGAGGGCGCUGUAGCAGCAGUGCACCACACCCCUUUAACGAGAGAUAAACAUUGUAAUUCUCUUUUUGCUUAUUUUUACCCAAGAGGCGUGUGACGGCAGAUCGGCCGGGAGUGUUUUAUGUACUUUAAGUAAUUGAUAUUUAGUUAAGGUUAUAACGUUUCGUUAUAUACAAAAUAAAACAGUUCAACGCCGAUUGCAAAUUUAGAUGUUUUUAUAUUUUUUAUUUUUCUAAACAGAAUGCCCCGACGAAUCCAAACACUUAAAAUAGUUCAUUCACUCGUUCCACACAUAUAUCUGCCCGUCGAAAAACUGCUGGUAGCUCGCAUGACGAGAAAUUACCGGAAAAUAAUCGCGUAGAUUGAGUCCUUCAGUAAUGUUUUACUGCAAGUACAAAAAGAUGGGACGACCUCGAAGAGGACCGCACCCAGCGAAAACGAAUUCCGCCCCGAGCCAACAUGCCUACGAAGGUGGCCGCAAUUUCUAAUUAAGUUAUAUCCAAAACGAAAAAAAAGAAAA